AUGGCGACGCAAACCAGAAGCCAUGGUGGCCACGGCGGUCACCAUCACCAUCACCACGGCGGCAAUGUGUACCUGACUUCCACAAACAAGAACGACGCCGGCGUUCGGAUUACGCGGAUCGGCCUGGUCGCCAACCUUGCGAUGGCAAUUGGCAAAUUUAUCGGAGGCUACGUCUUCCACUCGCAAGCGUUGAUCGCCGACGCCUACCACGCCCUUACAGAUCUCGUUUCGGACAUUCUCACGCUGGGGACAGUCGCUUGGUCGCUCAAGCCCCCAUCUGAAAGGUUCCCGAACGGCUACGGAAAGAUUGAGAGCAUCGGCGCGUUGGGUGUGAGUGGGCUAUUGCUCUGUGGAGGCGUUUUUAUGGGCCUGAACUCCGGUCAAGUUCUGUUGGACCAGUUCUACCCCCAGGCGGCGGAGGCGAUCUCUCACUUGGGACACGGCCAUUCGCAUAGUCACGGAAUCGACAUUCAUGGCCCCAGCAUUCAUGCCGCAUGGUUGGCUGCUGGGUCCAUUGUGGUAAAGGAAUGGCUGUACCACGCAACCUCGAACGCUAUCCACCACCGCAUUGAUUCCCUGACCAGCAUUGUCGCUCUGUUCACCAUUGGCGGCACGUACUUAUUUAAAGACGCCUCUUGGCUAGAUCCUGUGGGUGGACUCCUUAUCUCAUUGAUGGUCAUCAAAGCCGGAUGGGGAAAUACAUGCUCGUCACUUCUGGAGCUGGCCGAUACUGCCGUGGACGAUGAGAUCAAGGAAUCGGUGCAGAAGGCCGCUUCUAAGGCGCUCGCGAAAUUGCAGGAUAACAAUGCGAUUAAGAUCCGCGACGUUCAGGGUAUGAAAUCUGGUCAGAACUAUCUCAUGGAUAUUGAACUGGCAGUGCCGGGAGCAUGGCCCAUCAAUCGAUCUCGGGAAAUCGAGGAAAUUGUCAGAACAGCCAUCGGAGCGGGCGUCCGCGGCGUUAAGCGAGUCAAAGUGCGAUUUAUCCCCCUCGAGCAUGAAGAGUUGAAUUUCUCCGAAGAAUUCAUCCCUGCCGAAGUUGCAUCCCAAGCCAACCCGGAACCGGAGGAUGGUGACGCGGACUGUGAAGCGCACGGGCAUGAUCAUGGGCAUGAUGUGCACGAACAUGAUGCUCGCAAGAGGCGUUAA